UAUUUGAGAAGCAAAGAUCUGAUAUGCAACAGCACUAAACCCUUUGCUGCAUCUGCAACUGAGUGGCUGCAGCCACAGAACACAGAUCAGUGACCGAAGUCUGUAACAUCCCUGAAGAUGUCAAUGAACAAUGCACCAAACGUGUUCUUGGAUGCAAAUGCAAAUCGGUUUCAAGUUAACAUAAUUAAUGAAGACAAUGACAACAAUGAAACAACCCAAGAGGAUGUGGGCUCUGACCCACCACAUUAUGAAGAAACAUCUUUUACUGAUGAAACACAUAACAGACUAAGAAUCAGUUACAGACCAGGAAAAAGAGAAUUAUAUGACAAUUUCCGUCAAAAUGGGGAGAAAACAGAAGCUAGCUUACAUCCCUAUGAUACUCACAGUAAAAUGUAUUAUCUACAGACUUUUGGCCAUAACACAAUGGACCCAGUUCCCAAAAUUGAUUAUUAUAGAAACACUGGCAGUGUCAGUGGGAAUAAGCUCAACAGACCAAGCUUAUUAGAAAUUCAUGAACAACUGGCAAAGAACAUUGCUGUGAGCACUGGCUCAGUCGAGAGAGUGGCAAAUGGAGAAAGCACCACUGGAGAUGAGACAGCAGCCAGCAAGGAAGAGGAGAACAAAACAGGAUUUGUCAAAUUUGGAUGGGUGAAGGGUGUGCUGGUAAGAUGCAUGCUUAAUAUUUGGGGUGUGAUGCUCUUUAUUCGACUUUCCUGGAUUGUAGGUCAAGCAGGAAUUGGUCUUGGAGUAAUCAUAAUUCUUCUCGCCACGAUGGUAACCUCAAUUACUGGGUUGUCAACUUCUGCAAUAGCAACUAAUGGGUUUGUCCGUGGAGGUCUUGGAAUCAUAGUUAUUGCUCUGAGUGUAGUAGUAACAACAUUGACAGGUAUCUCCAUGUCUGCCAUUUGCACUAAUGGAGUAGUAAGAGGAGGUGGAGCAUACUACCUUAUCUCAAGAAGUCUGGGCCCAGAGUUUGGUGGAUCUAUAGGACUUAUCUUUGCCUUUGCAAAUGCAGUGGCAGUUGCCAUGUAUGUAGUUGGAUUUGCUGAAACAGUUGUAGAACUUCUUAAGGAGAGUGAUACACUGAUGGUAGAUGAGUCCAACGACAUCAGAAUCAUAGGGACCAUCACUGUGGUGUGUCUUCUCGGCAUCUCAGUUGCUGGCAUGGAAUGGGAAGCAAAGGCUCAAGUUAUUCUUCUAAUUGUUCUCCUUGUUGCCAUUGCAAACUUCUUUAUUGGGACAGUCAUUCCUACCAACACUGAAAAGAAGGCAAGAGGCUUUUUUAAUUACCAAGCAUCAAUAUUUGCAGAAAACUUUGGACCAGAUUUCAGAAGUGGAGAAGGAUUUUUUUCAGUGUUUGCCAUUUUUUUCCCAGCUGCUACUGGCAUUCUUGCAGGAGCCAAUAUCUCAGGAGAUCUGAAAGACCCACAAAGUGCCAUACCCCAGGGAACAAUGCUGGCCAUUCUGAUUACCACAAUUGCUUACAUUGCUGUUGCAAUUUGUGCAGCCUCCUGUGUUGUACGAGAUGCUACUGGGAACGUCAAUGAUACAAUUGUACCUGGAAUGAGCUGCAAUGGAUCAUCUGCCUGUGGCCUAGGAUAUGAUUUUUCCAGAUGUGCAAGUCAGCCAUGUGAUUAUGGGCUGAUGAAUAAUUUUCAGGUGAUGAGCAUGGUGUCUGGCUUUGGUCCUCUCAUCACAGCUGGCAUCUUCUCAGCUACUCUGUCAUCAGCUCUAGCAUCUCUUGUCAGCGCGCCCAAAGUUUUCCAGGCUCUUUGCAAGGACAACGUCUACAAAGGGCUAGAAUUCUUUGCCAAAGGAUAUGGAAAAAACAACGAGCCUAUCAGGGGAUAUGUCCUCACUUUUGUGAUCGCCAUGGCAUUCAUUUUGAUUGCUGAACUGAAUACCAUUGCUCCCAUCAUCUCCAAUUUCUUCCUGGCUUCAUAUGCUUUGAUUAAUUUCUCCUGCUUUCAUGCCUCAUAUGCAAAAUCUCCAGGUUGGAGACCUGCAUUCAGGUAUUAUAACAUGUGGGUGUCACUUUUUGGAGCCCUGCUGUGCUGUGGGGUGAUGUUUGUCAUCAACUGGUGGGCAGCUCUCAUCACUUACGCCAUUGAGCUCUUCCUAUAUAUUUAUGUAACAUAUAAGAAACCAGAAGUAAACUGGGGCUCCUCUACACAGGCUCUUUACUUUGUUAAUGCCUUAGACAGCGCUCUGGCAUUAACGACAGUGGAAGACCAUGUGAAAAACUUCAGACCCCAGUGCCUAGCAUUAACAGGAGCUCCUAUGGUCAGGCCUGCCCUGCUAGACAUCACCCACACCUUCACCAAGAACAACGGGCUGUGUAUCUGCUGUGAAGUGUACACGGGACCACGCAAGCUGUGUGUUAAGGAGAUGAACAGUGGCAUGGAAAAAAAGCAGGCCUGGCUCACAAAGAACAAAAGAAAAGCCUUUUAUGCAGCAGUGGCAGCUGACAGCUUCAGAGAUGGAGUCAAAAGUCUACUUCAAGCCUCGGGCUUGGGUAGAAUGAAACCAAAUACCCUGGUGAUGGGAUUUAAGAAGGAUUGGAGAAGUGCACCUGCCACUCAAGUUGAGAACUAUGUGGGCAUUAUACAUGAUGCCUUUGAUUUUGAGCUUGGCGUAAUUAUCGUCAGAAUUAGCCAAGGAUUUGAUAUAUCUCAGGUUCUUCAGGUUCAAGAGGAAUUAGAGAAGCUGGAGCAGGAGAGAUUGGCACUGGAAGCCACCAUUAAAGAAAAUGAUUUUGAAGAAGGAAAAAGGGGCAUCUGUGGAUUCUUCAAAAAAGCCAGCACAUUGAAUAUAUCAAAACACGAAACAAAGAAGGAGAGCACCAUUAACACCAUGCAGUCAAUGCAUGUGGGUGAAUUCAAUCAGAGGCUGCUAGAAGCCAGUACUCAAUUUAAAAAGAAGCAAGGAAAAGGUACAAUUGACAUUUGGUGGCUGUUCGAUGAUGGAGGUCUAACAAUCCUAAUUCCUUACAUUCUAACUAUUAGGAAGAAGUGGAAGAAUUGUAAAUUAAGGAUCUUCACUGGAGGAAAGGUCAACAGGAUUGAAGAAGAAAAACUAGUGAUGGCUUCACUCCUAAGCAAAUUCAGAAUAAAAUUUGCUGAUAUUAAUAUCAUUUGUGAUAUCAAUAUAAAGCCCAACAAAGAGAGCUGGAAAUUCUUUGAAGAGAUGAUUGAACCAUAUCGCCUCCAUGAAAGCUGCAAAGAUAUAACAACUGCUGAGAAAUUAAAGAGAGAGACUCCAUGGAAAAUUACAGAUGCAGAGCUGGAAGCAUUCAAGGAGAAGAGUUACCGCCAAGUCCGUCUGAAUGAACUCUUACAGGAGCACUCCAGAGCAGCCAACCUCAUUGUCCUGAGCCUCCCUGUAGCAAGAAAAGGAGCAGUGUCUGAUUACCUGUACAUGGCUUGGCUAGAAAUUCUCUCCAAGAACCUUCCUCCAAUCUUAAUGGUCAGAGGCAACCACAAAAAUGUACUGACUUUCUAUUCUUAGAAAAACAGCAGUGCCUGGAAUACGCCUUGCUUGAUUCCAACAGCUAUGUUUUUAAUGGCAAUGGCUCAUCAAAGACAUAUUCAUUUAAUACAAAUCUAAAACUUUA